CGCUGUCAGAUUGCAUUCUAACAACAUUGUGUUGUGCGUGAAAAGUUUUCUCCAAUCUGUUUGAGCUGCAAUUGGGCGUACAGUGUGAUUUUGGCGGUGUGCAAUUGUCACGGGGCUCGCGGUGAUUGAUGCUGUGGUGAUAGUUUGGGUGUGCGGGAGGUGAGAAAAGGGACGUUGGAAAAAGUACACAGAGAGUGGAAGAGUUUUUUGUCUCCCGAUGACAUCGGUUUUGGCCACAUUUUGCCCACUAUUUCGCAUUUCUCCCUCAUUUCCGCACACAACUCCGCACGGUGAUGUUCUCAAACGGUCUGCCGUGUAAUUUGCCCUUUCCCAGCUGCCUCGGAGUGCCAAAACACGAAAGCGACGAGCUCCUGCCCAUCAGCAUGGGAAGCCGCGAGCCGGUCAUUCUCAAUGUCUACGACAUGUACUGGAUCAACGAGUACACCACCACGCUCGGUCUGGGCGUCUUCCACUCCGGCGUGGAGAUCUUCGGCACGGAGUUCGCGUACGGCGGCCACCCGUUCCCCUUCACGGGCGUCUUCGAGAUCCAGCCGCGCGACCACGACGAGCUGGGCGAGCAGUUCCGCUUCCGCCAGAGCAUCCAGAUUGGCUGCACGGACUUCACGGAGGAGGAGGUGCGGCGCAUCGUGGAGGAGCUGGGCAAUCAGUUCCGCGGCGACAGGUAUCACCUGAUGAACAACAACUGCAACCACUUCUCCAGCGCCCUCACGCAGAUCCUCUGCGGCCAGGAGAUCCCCAGCUGGGUCAAUCGGCUGGCGCACUUCAGCUCCUGCGUGCCAUUCCUGCAGCGCUGCCUCCCCAAGGAGUGGCUGACGCCGAACGCCUUACAGCAAUCAAUAACGGCCAUCCAGGAUCGAGGAGGCGCCGCCGCGAACACAGCCGCGACUGCCGAAUCCGACUUAGACUACGACAGCAAGUGAGGCUGAACGCUUCCGGAGAGAAUCUUUUAGGCGUUAAGGGAAAAGGCUUACAGAAUCACGAGAAGAAAUCUACAAAAAAAACACUGAUGACGUAGCAAUUCAAAGGAUAUUCCGAGUCAUUUUUAGCAAAGAAGAAGGUCUCAUUAUACCAAAAUUUCUUAUAUAGAAAAAAAGUCACUCAAUUAUGUUGAUAAAACCGCAAAAUUGGACGAGAUUAGGACUCUGAAGGACAUUUCUGUUGCAUGAUUUUCAUUAUAUUGUAGGAUUUAGGUAAAAUUUACACCUUUUCCGCGGGGGAGCGGAUUUUUCUAGGACACAAAUUAACUAUUAUUUCUCACGCGGUGAAUCAUUUUGUGUGUGUUUUUCCAGCUUCAGGGAAAUAUAAUGUUAAAAUUUUCCCCCGGAAAAUUAUUUGACUGAGAGAGUAAAAUGCUUUUUUCUCAAAUUUGCAUGAUUUGCGCAUUAAGAACAAAGAAAAGAAAUCACUGGAAAUUAAGGAUUAUAAAAAGUGUAGUGUUUAAGGAAAUUCUUCACUCAUUUUUUUUCAGAACAAAGAAAAAAAAACCCAAUCUUUUCUCCUUUACAUUUAUUGUAAAUAGAAUAAUAAACCUUACUUACAUUGCGA